AUGAACACGUAUUACAAUUUGCAAGUGAAAAGUCCAGUCUCAGCUCGUGCAGAAAUAAUUUUGCAAGUCCCACCAACAUGAAAUGUUUCACGAGUGAAAGAGCUUAUUCUCCAAUAUCAUCCUGAGUCUCCAUCAAUAAGAUGUCAACAGCUUAUCCAUAAAGGAAAUAUUUUGCAUAACAAUACACCUUUGUCAUCAAUUUUUGGUCAAGACCGUGACCAGAUCAUAUAUUUAGAUAUUCAACUAUUACCAAAUCCUCCAGAUCCAGAGAAAACAGGCUUUAAUUCUACUGCAUUUAAAGAAAGAGAAAUUGAGUACCUUCACAAGUAUGAUAUAGUCAAACAAAUCCUUAUUGACACCAAACAUGCAGAACAAAGCUCACAGCUUAUCCCAGAACAUUCAAUAUUAAACACCUUACCUUUAUGCCAUCCAGAUAUAGGGAAAAGGAUUAAACAUAUGAUGGAUAAUGAACAGCCUAGAAGAAUAAGGCUGCAAGGGGUGCCUUUGUCUGUGUAUUUUGAUAUACAAAUGCUGAUGAGAUGAAUUCUAUUUUUAUUUAUAACCCAAUUGUAUUUGGGAUCUAGUACAAAUUUAGACUAUUACUUGUUUAUUUUUGUUUUGUAUUUGGUUAAUGUUAGACUGAAAAUUGAAAAACAUAGAGAAAAACAGCUGCAGAGACUCCCAAGAGAAUAUUUAGCGUUUAUUAUGCCUGAAAAAUUCGGAACUGUACCAAGAGAUAUGGAUAAAGCGAAAAAGAUUUAUGUAAAAUGCUGGGAAACUCUAAGGAGCUUUGGGAUGAGCUUUUUACCAUGGUUUGAUCCAAAUGAUUAUGCACAGAUGAGGGCUAGAGCUUUAAAUGGAUAG